AUGUCUGGUUGGAAUGAUGGCAGCCCGCCUGAAGCCGGCGAUGAUACCUUUGCCUGUGGCAUCUGUGGUGAGUCGGGCCAUAUGACUCGCCAGUGCCCCAACGACGGCACCCCUCUGAGAUCCAAAGGUGCAAACACCUAUCAGCGCAACUCCGGCCAGGGCAACGACUUCGGUGGUGAUUUCAACAAUUAUGGCAACCAAGGCGAGAACCGCGCCUGCUUCAACUGUGGUCAGGAAGGCCACAACAAGGCCGAUUGCCCCGAGCCCCGCAAGGGCAUGGGAGCUUGCUUCAACUGCGGCGAAGAAGGCCAUGGAAAGGCCGAGUGCCCCGAGCCCCGUAAGGCGAUGGGAGCUUGCUUCAACUGCGGCGAAGAAGGACAUUCCAAGGCCGACUGCCCCAACCCUCGUGUCUUCACUGGUACUUGCCGUAUUUGCGAGGAGGAGGGCCACCCUGCGGCUGAGUGCCCAGAUCGUCCCCCCGAUGUUUGCAAGAAUUGCUGCCUCGAAGGUCACAAGACAAUUGAUUGCAAGUCCAACCGCAAGUUUGACUUGAACCUCGUGGCCGACUUGCUUCCUGAGGAGGCCUGGGCUCGCAUGAAGACUGCUAGCGAUGAGAAGGAUCUUGAGGACUUCCGCGACGCUCUUAAGGCUUAUUCCAAGGCUGUUCCCGAUGCCACUUUCCUCGAUAUUGAGAACAAGAUGCGUGAGGAUGGCUUCAACAUUUUCAUCAUUGCUUUGCAAGCCGAAGUCGACGUUGUCAUGAGCCUGAUAGACCUCCAGGGUGUUCUGGACCGUGAGUUCCAGGUGGGCUUUUACUAUAGCCCCAAGGCUUCGCGUGGUCGCCUUCGUGACCGCUGGCCUGAGACCCCCGAAGAAAACAUCGAACGUCUUGGGAACGCUGGAUUGCCCUACGAACGCAAGAUUCCACAGUGCAAUAACUGCGAUGAAUUGGGCCACAUUGCCAAAAACUGCAAAGCGGAGCGCAAUGAGAACCCCGAACGUGUUGAAAUCAAGUGCAACAACUGCGAGGAGGUUGGACAUCGUGUCCGUGAUUGCCCUCAGAAGCGCAAGCACAAGCAUGGAUGUCGCAAUUGCGGUGCUGGAGACCAUCAGGCAGCUGACUGCCCCGAGCCUCGAUCUGCUGCAACCGUUGAAUGCCGCAAGUGCAACGAAGUUGGCCACUUUGCAAAGGACUGCCCUACUGGUGGAGGCUCUCGCACCUGUCGCAACUGCGGUUCGGAGGACCAUAUGGCGCGUGAAUGUACUGAGCCCCGCGACCCUUCGACUAUCACUUGCCGCAACUGUGAACAGGUCGGCCACUUCUCUCGUGACUGUGAUCAGCCUAAGGACUGGUCCAAGGUUCAGUGCAACAACUGUGGAGAGAUGGGACACACCAACCGCCGCUGCACUCAGCCACCUAAGGACUCUGGAGAUGAUGAUUAUGCUCACCACUCGCCCUCUGGCACUCCUCCUGACAGCUUUGCUGACGAGAGCGCCGAUUUCUCUGGCCACAAUGCCGAGCCUCCUCAGGCCGCGGAUGACGGCUGGUAG